CGUCUCCGGAGUGUCGCAGCUUGAACAACAAUGAAGGCUCUGACCGUCCUGGCAGUGGUGGCGGCGGUGCUCGCGGGUCUGGCAUCCGCGGAGGCUGACCCCAAGGCUGACCCCGGCAUCGGCCUCGGCUUCGGCGGGGGCUUUGGCGGUGGCCUGGGCGGCGGCCUGGGCUAUGGGCUGGGCGGUGGCCUGGGCGGUGGCCUGGGCGGCGGCCUGGGCUAUGGGCUGGGCGGUGGCCUGGGCGGUGGCCUGGGCGGCGGCCUGGGCUAUGGGCUGGGCGGUGGCCUGGGCGGUGGCCUGGGAUAUGGCCUUGGCGGUGGACUGGGCGGUGGCUUGGGCUAUGGCCUGGGUGGUGGCCUGGGCGGUGGCUUUGGGUAUGGCCUGGGCGGUGGCCUGGGCGGUGGUCUGGGCGGUGGCCUGGGCUACGGAUACGGCCGCAGGAAGCGUGAGGCGGAGCCCACGGCUGAGGCUAACCCCGGCAUCGGCCUCGGAUUCGGCGGGGGUCUUGGCUACUCCCAGAGGUUCGGGUUCGGCCUGAGAGGUGGCUUUGGCUAUGGCCUGGGAGGUGGUCUGGGGUAUGGCUUGGGUGGUGGCCUGGGAGGUGGCCUGGGUGGUGGCCUGGGUGGCCUGGGCGGUGGCCUAGGAGGCGGCUACGGGUAUGGCCGCAGGAAGCGUGAGGCGGAGCCCACGGCUGAGGCUAACCCCGGCAUCGGCCUCGGAUUCGGCGGGGGUCUUGGUUACUCCCAGAGGUUCGGGUUCGGCCUGAGAGGUGGUUUUGGCUAUGGCCUGGGAGGUGGUCUGGGGUAUGGCCUGGGCGGUGGCCUGGGCGGUGGCUUGGGUGGUGGCCUAGGAGGCGGCUACGGGUACGGUCGCAGGAAGCGUGAGGCCGAGCCGACGGCUGAGGCUGACCCCACCUUCAUCUCGGCCCACAAGAACCACCACCAGCAGAGCUUCAACGCCUUCAUUCCUCCCUUCAUUGGCGGCUUCGGUGGUCUGGGCUUCGGCAAGUACGGGGGCUUCGGUGGCUACGGCGGCUACGGUGGCUACGGCGGCAAGUUCAUCGGUCGCCGCAAGCGUGAGGCGGAGCCGACGGCUGAGGCUGACCCCGGCUUUAUCUCGGCCCACAGGAACAGUCACCAGCAGAGCUUCAAUGCCUUCAUCCCUCCCUUCAUUGGCGGAUUCGGUGGCCUGGGCUUCGGCAAGUACGGGGGCUAUGGUCGCCGCUAGAGUGGGGCGGAGCCGAUGGCUGAGGCUGACCCGGCAUUGCCACGGGCCAAGAUAACAGCCGCCAGCAGAGCUACACCGCGAUCUUUCCUCCCUUCACUGGCGGCGGCCUGGACCUGGUGUUGACUGCUGUGGUCAGUGCUGCCACCAGACGCUCAGAACCCCCCUAAACAGUCUCCUUCGUGCGUCUCACCAGGACUGGAUUGCCGUGACUCGCACCGCUUCUGCUACCUGGAACAACACCUUUUCAUGACAAUUUGUUGCCUCUUACUCUCCGCCACGACCUAAAUGUGUCUUUGAAAACCGCUUCCUGAAACAACAACCGGUGAACUACAACGCUUUGUAUACCUUAUGCACACUUUCAAUAAAAUGAA